AUGGCGUCCGACGAGCACUGCCUCAUGUGCUUCGAGGCCCUCGACGCCCACCUUGACGGCCGCAAGCCUCUGUCGUUGGAUCGGCUGCAGGCCUCGUGGGCGAGCUACGCGAGCACCCAGCCGGCGGCGUCACGCUCGUCCUUGAAGGAUCCCGCCCUGCGACGCGUCGCCGCCGAGACGGAUUCCUCGUCCUCUUCGUCGUCGGCAUCACCGGCGUCGGGUCCGACGCCGGCCACGUCCACGUCGUCGCUGCCGCUCGGGCCAACCUCGACGCCCCUCUUCGUCACCUGGAACACGGUCUCGGACGACGACGGCGCCGGCGGCGGCCAUGACGACGACGACGAUGACCGAUGCUUGCGCGGCUGCAUCGGCACCUUUGAGCCUCAGCCGCUCUCCGUCGGCAUUCCCGAGUACGCCGUCAUCUCGGCCGUCCACGACUCACGAUUCCCCCCCGUGACGAGGAGGGAGCUGCCGAGGCUGCAAGCCGCCGUCACCCUCCUCACCGACUUUGAGCAGGUCGAGGACCCCUACGACUGGCAGAUUGGUACCCACGGCAUCCGCCUCUCCUUCCACAGCGGCAACCGUCGCUACGGCGCCACCUACCUCCCGGACGUGGCCGCGGAGCAGGGCUGGUCCAAGGACAAGACGCUCUUCAGCCUCGUCCGGAAGGCCGGCUGGGUCGGGAGCCGGCAGCGAUGGAAGGACCUCGAUCUCAAGGUGACGCGGUACCAGGGCAAGAAGCACAGCAUGGCGUACCCGGAGUAUAAGAAAUGGAAGGACUGGGCCGAGGCGAGCGGGCAGUGA